GUCAUUAGUAUCCAGUUCCCCUACGGAAUCCAACAGUGAACAAUUUUGGCUCCUGGCAGAAAUUGCCCGGAUGUAAACUGGAAUUUCAACACUGAACACUGGAUUGUGGAGUUUAUUUCCACUCCAACACAUUAGGUGGCAGUGUGCACUUAUAAAUUGGUAAACCGCCAUUGAAUCAAACGAAGAAGAACAAGAGGGAACGGAGAGGAACUGAAAGUGGGAGUCCAUGCAGUGCGCGACGACUGGGAUAUGAAGGUGAAAAUCAAGCAAUGGAGUGGCGUGGCGUCUUGGCUGUGGGUCGCCAACGACGAGAACUGUGGGAUCUGCAGAAUGUCUUUCAACGGCUGCUGCCCCGACUGUAAAGUGCCAGGGGAUGACUGCCCGCUGGUUUGGGGCCAGUGUUCCCACUGCUUUCACAUGCACUGUAUCCUCAAGUGGCUCAACUCGCAGCAGGUGCAGCAGCAGUGCCCCAUGUGCCGUCAGGAGUGGAAGUUCAAAGAGUGACAUUGUCAACAGAGCUGAACAUGGACCGAUUUUUAAAGACUGGGACACCACACAAGGGGAUUACAGCAUAUGUUGAUCUUGAAUGCAUGAUUUCUUUACUCCUCUUUGUUCAUUGUCUAUUUUCAUCGUGUUCUUAUGCAGGAAGGUUGUGUGUCAGUAGAGGUCUGGGGAGGGGGAGGGGGAGGAGCAUAACAUUGUUUUAGA